CAAUUUAAAUCUACUUUAUUUAUUUAUUAAGAAUUAGUUGACUCCCUUGUAAACUAAGAGAAACAUAUCCUGCGGUUGCCAUAGAAACGAUGCCUCUGACCAACCACUGCUUAUUAACUUCGUCUGCCUCAAAAUGGUGAAAAUCUGUACCGCAGAAAAAUGGUGACUGAAUUGACUUAAUUUUACCAGAGAUGAGGCAUUUUCAAGGGUGAUGUCACAGCCUUGCUUUGUCCAUCUCUAUAUAUGUCAGUGGUUGGAGCGCACGGAAAAAAUGAGAAGAAGGGCAACAACCCAGAGAAGGCCCAGACCAGGGCCAGCAGGUCGGCUGCUGCUUUCUUAUAGCAGUGAUGUGGAUGUGGUAGGAAGGCGCCGCAGCACGUCCCUCAGAAAACCACAUCCUGAGUCACGGUACUGAGAGAGCCGCUUUCUGCGCUACCACCUCAGUUUAGACGCCAGUCCUCGAGCCGCUCAGUGGGACUCUGCCGGGGCUGAAGAAGCUCCUUUAGAAAAGUUCCUGCAUGGCUCUCAGACCUUUCUUCCUUCUGGUGCUGUGGACCGUCUCGCUUCCUGCUAAUCUCGCAUCUCUGUGUGAGGUCAGCUGCUCGACCGACUACGUUAGGACUCUGAACUGCUCCUGUUCAGGAUGGGUGCCGGACCAUCCCGUCAUCCUGACUGUCAACUGCAGGGCUGAAGAUGCUGAAGUCAACGGCAGCUGUGUCAUCAAUUCCAGCCAGUCUUGGUGCACGAUUACCAAAUCUCUUGACGAUGUUGCUUCUGUUGAAACUAACUGUACAACGUCAGUGAGACGGGACAAGCUGAUAGGGAAUGUCACAGAGUCAGCCAGCUUUUAUCUGUGUGAUGUGGUGAAACCCAAGCCUCCUUUCGACGUCAAAGUGACGAAAGUCGACGACUUCUACAACAUCUCCUGGAGCACCGGUGCCUUCCUGGAUCAGCCCCUCACCUACAGGCUGCGGAUAAGAACAGAUGCAGACCCAACGGUUCCAGUUUAUGAGCUCCAACUUGAAGAAGAGAAGUUUUCCCUCGUGGUCAAUAAACUCCAACCGAAUGUCGGCUACAUUGUGGAUGUUCAGGCCAAAUUUCGGCCCGGUGAGAUCUUCAAUGGCCCGUGGAGUGAGUGGAGCUCGGGGACAAAAUGGAGAACGCCUGGAAAUGCUGAAGAAAGAAAAACACAAACAAAAGACAUAUUUUGGUUGUACUUGUCAAUUCCUGCUGUUCUCAUCCUCUGCCUCCUGAUUCUGGGAUACCUACAAAAACCGUGUUGGCAUAAGAAACUCAAGAGGAUUUCGUUUGUCCCGAGCCCAGACGAAUUCUUUAAGCCUCUUCAUCAGAAGCACAAAGGGAACUUCAAGGAGUGGGUGAAGCCUGUGUUUCAGGAGCAUGACUACUUCAAGACCAGUACUGGUGGUCUGAAGGCGAGCACAAAGACAUACGAAAUCCUUAAGUGGAACAACGAGAAGCACGGCUCCAGGGAGGAAAGUGAGCUGAAAGAUUUCCUGCGAUCCGCGCAGCCUUCCAACCCCCUGCUUUUUUUCCCAGAGAGCGGCAGCUCACAGGGCACCGGCCACUCCACCGGACACAUCUCCAUCCACACCGUCACGCUCUCUGGAGAGGAGUAUGAGGACGAGGUCACGUCCCGCAGCUCACUCACAAGCUACCAAGAUGGAGAAAGCUUCGGUUCGUUUGACAGUCCCAACAUAGACCGUGCUGGAUACAAUUCCCAGGAAUCCCUGCUGUCCAUGAUGGACAGACACAAUGAGAGAUCUCCACAACAUGAAAAUCAAAUCAUUAUUGAGCUACGACAGGAGAACUUUGAGCCAGAGGAAGAGUUCCUGGAGCCCGAGAGGGUGUCUCUCAACUCGUUUGCAUCCGGAGGGCAGUCGGAGGACGGCUACCCUCAGGUGGACUUGGACACAAUUGACAGUGGUUUUGGAGAGUGCAGCAGCCCUGGAGGCACAGACUCAACCCAAACACAGCACAUGGACCCAUUUCUUGAGCACAGUAACUCGAACUAUGUCAAACAGUGGAUGAUCUGCAGCACAAUUCAGGAGGAGAGCACCAUGUGUGAACAGUAAUCAAUGCAGCAAUUGCAAUUGUGUAUGUGUAUUAAAGUGUAAAUACGACUAAUAUUUUCA